UCAACAGGAAUAAAUCAAACCUUGCCUAUCUUUCUCAAUUUUCAAGUGUCAUUUUCAGUUGUCACAUUUUUUUCCAGGAAAGGGAAUUGUUUAUCAUCUUUUUUGUGCAUUUUCUUCCCGCAGGCCAUCCAGAUUGUAAUUGCACUGGUACACAUUGGUUUUGCAUCCGUCUCAAUUGUCCUUUUUAACCAUAGAUACGUGCUUUUGACUACUAUUUCCGGUUAUCCAUUUUGGGGUUCAAUAUUUUUCAUUAUUUCUGGAUCCCUAUCCGUGUCAGCUGAGAAACAUCUAACCCCUGGCUUGGUGAGAUGCAGUGUGGCGAUGAACAUCGUAAGCACUAUUAUGUCAUUCACUGGCAUCAUUCUAUAUGUAGUGGAACUGGCAAUAAGCAGUUUAAUAAAUUAUCCCUCAGAUCUACAUGGCUAUGAUCUAAAAGAGUCUCUGAAUACUGGUCUCUCAGUCCUGCUCUUCCUAUUUAGUCUGCUGGAGUUCUGCAUCACUGUCUCUACAGCUCAUUUUGGGUGCCAAGCAGCCUGCUGUAACUCUGAUGGGGAAGUGGUUUUUGUACCCUAUGCUGUCAGUGGAGGUCAUAUGGUUCUGACUGAAGGCUCUGCUUCUCCUCUUCCUCCAAUCUAUCAAGCAGUGAGCCCAAGGGAAAAGCCGUAAAAAGCGUCAUGCCAGCAAUUCUGACAAGCCAGCUAUCUCAGGAAGAAUACUGUGAUCGAUUUUCUUUAAAAAAAGGAAAAAUUGCAAAUAUUGUCAUUUAUCCAGACUGGGUGCUGGAAUGGUGAAUUUUAGGAGAUUAACCAAUUCAGUUAAUAUAUAAAAAUGAAGAAGCAUCUUUCUUCUGCCCCAUGCAGGAGAAAAUGGCUUUCUAGUGCUGAGGCUUGUUGUAACAGGUGCACGUACCACUGAAAGCAAAGAUGUUAGGAACGUCUCUUUUCUUCAGAGCUAUCAUUUUAUUUAUGAUAGAGAGUGCCACGUGUCCAGCUGGCAUUGAUCGAUAUUCAUUCCAAGGCCAAUCAUGCAUGUAAUUGCAUAUGAAUUCUUCACUAGGAGAACCACCCACCGACAAACUGAUCCUAAAAGAGAUCUUGGACUGUACAGGAAUGGAUAGAUUGACUUUGUCAUUGAAGGAGAAAGAAGAUACUGAUUUCUAUCAAACUUGGGACUCUUUUUAUUAUUGGCUAGAGAAACGGGACUUCGUAUAGAUUUAAACCUGUUUUUCAGUUAUCAUAAAUGGAAAAAAAUGUGGGGGCUGACCCAGCGGGUCCGAUAUUUCUGAUGAUCGAUGUUGCUUUUAGUUUUUCUUUGUUUUAGGGUUAUAAUUUUGAAUAAAACUUAUUAUAAAAAAUGAAUUCUUCACUAGGGUUAUCUCACAAUCCUGUGCCAAUCCAAGACAGCUCUGUCAAUAAAACUUGCAAUGGAGCCCCUUCUUUGCCUCUGAAUCUGAGAUGUCUAGUGUGGGAAUAGAUAGAGCAGUCUAUUCCAGGACCCCCAUGACUGCGUUGAUCAGUCCCAAGCCCCCCAGCAGAUGCCUGCAACUGUUGAUAAUAGCAAACGCGAUAUAUGAUAUACAAUACAAGGUGUUGGUAAUGGCCUAUAAAGCCCUAAACGGCUUGGGUCCUGGUUACCUGAAGGAGCGCUUACAUCCUCAUAUGCCCA